AUGGCAAUCGUUACAAAUGUCGAAAUUGAGAAGAAGUUCUUUGACUUCUACGAUGGGGAUAAAAACGUUUUUUAUUCAAAGGAGCAGGAUCUGUAUUUAAGUCUGUGUGGUGAUAACAUAUACUGCUUUAAGAUAAAUGAAUGGGGGAGCAACAGCAACGGCUUCAAAUUGUACGAUGCUAUGCACCCCACGUGCGUUCUGGAAUCCGCCGUCGAUAUUGAUGACGUGAAGGAGACAUAUCAUAAGAGGUACCUUAACAGGCAUUGCAUAUCAUUGUUCAGUUCUAUAAGACUUCUGUACUACGCUGAUGGAAGUGUGUUUCUCUCAACGGACGACAACAAGAUACGUCACUAUGUUCUGCAUCUGAACGAUGCGGCGGCGAAGGGGGAUGAGGGACAUGGUGACAAUGAAGAGAAUGGCGAUGUAAAUGGCGAACGGGAAGGGAGUGGAGACAGGAACGAUAUCUACUUGUAUGAUGAAACGGAAGAGGAGAACAAGGGUGCAUAUUCAUAUUACUACAACUGGGUUUACUUAAAAGAAAAGAAAGCUUGGAAAUCGCAGAAUGUGGUUGUAACCUGCUUUGGGUACUCUGACGAGGGAGGCAAGCAGUUACUCGUUGGCUACAUCAAUGGGUUAGUUAACGUUUAUAAUUUAAAGUCCUAUAAGUUAAAAUAUUCCUACCGAAUACACAACAGUCGAAUUACCAACUUGAGAAUGUAUCGUAAUUUUAUCAUCAGCUCCGAUGUGACAAAGAAUGUUUUCAUUUAUGACUUUUCCAAGGGAGAGAAGGUAGCAGCGUGCGAGGAUCAUAUGAGUGGUAUCACUGACUUUCUCUUUUUGGCUGUGCAGGGAGGGGCAGCCCAGAAAGGGGAGCAGAAGGAGGAUGAGCCCGUCGUGGUGGAGGCGGAUGAGACAAACCCAGAGGGAGUAGCGGAGGAGGAUUGCAACGCAGAGGGAGUAGCGGAGGAGGAUUGCAACCCAGAGGGAGUAGCGGAGGAGGAUAGCAACCCAGAAGGAGUAGCGGAGGAGGAUAGCAACCCAGAAGGAGUAGCGGCUGACGAAAAGCUGAUCGGGUUCAUCACGGUGGGCAAUGACAAAAUCAUGAACGUCUGGGAUCUGAGCCUUCUGAACGCGCAGGACGAAGAAGAAUUCAACGCCCUGAAGAACCAGUAUAGUAACAAGAAGAAAAAAAAAAGCCGAAACAGCGGCGUAGUCUCGCUUAGCCCCAUAAAGCAGAUAUACUUGGUGAAUGACAUAAACCACGCGCUGGUAAUUCCGUCGAGCAUCUUCAAAAGAAAAAAAAGCAAGUUAAUAAUAAACGAUGAAAAUGUAAAAUGGUUAAUCCUAACGCAUGACGCGGAAGGAAACUUCAUUUUUUACAACCCAAUAAAGGCAGAAAUUAUUUUCAAAUUUAAAGAAAAUAAAGCAUUAAUUAACCAAAGUAAUAUACACAAAUUUAUUCUCAUAAAAAAUAAAUUACAUGUCUUUAGGGAAGAUAGUUCUUUGUUAAUUUAUGACUUACCACAUUUCAAGAUGGUAAGAAAUUACGCUGCCAGAAUUGAGGGCAUAUUUGAAAUGCUCUUUUUAAGUUCUGUAGGCAGGGGAGAACAACCAUGUGAUGACUCCCCAAGUGGUGAAGACGAAUUGGAACUGGAAGACUCCUCGUGUGGAAGUGUAAAGGAAAACCAGUUUGUGGUCCUCACAGGAGAUAACAUAAUUCGAAUUUUAAAUUUUGAGGAAAAUCUCAUCCAGCAAACGUUACUCAUAGGCCAUGAGGACGUCGUGUCAUGCAUAAAACUUAGCGAAAAAAACCAACUGCUGUUUAGCGGAUCCAAUGACAAGAAUAUUUUUGUGUGGAGCUUAAGAAGCAAUAAUUGCAUUUAUAUACUAAAGGACAAUUUAUAUACCAUCAAUUCGAUUGAUGUGAAUGUGAAACGGUUUCCCAGAGUUGUCCUCGUGAGUGUGUGUGAGGACAGCAGUUUGAAGCUGUGGAAUUUUACUGUCAAUUUAGAUGUUAUCCAAGAGGGAAAGGAAAGAAAAAAGAGAAAAUUGGAUGACUUUUUUGAGGACAAGGAGACCUUCCAGAGUAACUUCACCAUUUAUCCACACAAAGUUACGAUAAACGAUGUGGCCAUAUCGCGCAAUUCGAAGAUUGUUGCCACCUGCAGCAAGGACAAAACGAUCAAACUGUUCGAGGCCGCAAAUCUGAAGCUGAUAAAAACGCUGGAGGGGCAUAAGAAGCCGGUUCAAAAUAUUCAGUUCUCCAAAACGGAUCACAUUCUGUACAGCAACGCAUACGAUGGCUUGAGGAUAUGGAGCCUCACCAACUUCGAAUGCCUGAAAAGCAUCCAAAGUCUAGACUUCAACUUGACGAAAAUUUUAAUUCUAAAUGAUAAUUGCAUGAUUAAUGCAUUCAGCAAUGGGAACAUUAGCAUUGUCAACAUAAAGAACUGUGAAAAAGUUUUUACUGUAAAUUACCACAAGGAUAAAAUAUUUUGCCUUCAAAAUUGCGGAAACGAUACCAUCGCGUCUGCAUCUUUAAAUGGAGAAUUAUUGUUCUUAAAAAACGUUAGUGCAAAGGUAUGUACAGAGAACAUGUUGCAAAAGAGGAAACACUUAUUCUACGAAAACCAGCUGGAAAAUUUGCUAAAUGAAUGCAAAACAAACGAAUCUCUGCUCAUGUGUUUGAAGCUUAAUAAAAAAUUUAAAUUUAAAACCGUUAUGGAGACGUAUCUAAAUCGUUACACCUUCUCCAUUUUGCACCUUUUAAAAAAGUUUGAGUAUGAGUAUGGUAUAAGGAAGAUAACCCAGAAGGGAAGGGAUAGUCACGGUUCGGUUUCUGCGGGGAAGGACACAAAAGGGGGACACACCAUUAACGAUACUUCUAACAGUGGGGGAACGGACAGCCAUAGGGAAAGACCUCCGAACAACGGCACAUUACAGAGCAACCUAUUCGAUGACGACCUUAUCGUUGGUAGCAUACACAACUAUUUGGAAAAUGCAGAUGUGCUGCAAAGUUACAUUUACGGAGAGUUGUCAAAAAUGAUACCUAGUGGGUCGAACGAGUUGGUAGAGUAUGCCUACAUCGCCAAUUUUCUCCUCAACAGCGUAAUCACCUACAUUGACUACACCGAUAUUUGCAAAAUUAAUGACUACAAGCGCUUUUUCGAAAUAUACAAUAGCUACGCGCCGAGGCACAAAAACAGGUACCUCCAGUCGCUGCAGAAAUCCAAGUGCUUUGAGUUAAUUAACAUUAAUUAUUAUAAGGGGGACAUCAAAAUGAUGGGUUGA